UAGGAUAAUAACUAACAGACACACAUACAUAUAUUCACUCCGCCGUCGAGGGCCAAACCCUAAAUCCAUUUCAGCUGACCGCUUCUUCUGCUGCAGUAAGAAAGGCAUUUGGUUUGUGAGUGUUGUCGAUAUCGAAACCCGAAUCUGAGACUGACCAAGUUCGAUCCGGAUUCUAUUGUUGCUCAGUCAGCUCAAUCCAUCCCCGUGCCGCGUGGGAAGUGAAGCAAUCCAUAAAAGUUUUUUUUUUUUUUUUUUAAUUCCUUAGUUUCCCAUAGCUGCAGUGGUUUUUGGGAUUCUUAGAUCUGAAUUGGAAAGAAGGAUUAGAUAAAAAAUAGGAUAGGAGAAGAAGAAGAGGAUGUCGUUGAAGAGUCUGAUACAGGAGAUGCGGGGAGAGCUUGGGAGGAAAGGAUUCGGGUUUGGUAGAUCGAGGUCUCAGCGCGUGGUUCAGGACUCUUGUGUCGAUGCUUUCAAGCAGAGCUGCUGGGCUACGAUGCCCCCUGAGCUCCUGAGGGAUGUUCUCAUGAGGAUCGAGGCUUCGGAAGACACGUGGCCCUCUAGGAAGAAUGUUGUUGCCUGCGCUGGUGUCUGCAGGAACUGGCGUGAUCUCGUCAAAGAGAUCGUCAAAGUUCCUCAACUUUCCUCCAAACUCACUUUCCCAAUCUCCCUCAAACAGCCCGGUCCCAGAGGAUCUUCGCUUGUUCAGUGCUAUAUCAUCCGAAACCGCACCAAUCAAACUUACCAUCUCUACCUCGGCCUCAACCAAGCAGCAGCUGCUUCUGCUUCUAAUGAUGAUGGAAAGUUCCUUCUUGCUGCCAAGAGGUUUCGGAGGCCAACUUGCACUGACUACAUCAUCUCCUUAAACUCUGUUGAUGUCUCCAGAGGAAGCUCUUCCUACCUCGGAAAGCUUAGGUCUAACUUUCUUGGGACCAAGUUCACUGUCUACGAUGCUCAGCCCACCAAUCCUGGAGCUCAGCUUACCAGAACCCGUUCUACCAGACUUCUCUCUUUGAAACAAGUUAGCCCCAGAGUUCCCUCUGGCAACUAUCCUGUCUCACAUAUCUCUUAUGAGCUUAACGUCUUGGGCUCCAGAGGACCCAGGAGGAUGCAGUGUGUAAUGGAUGCCAUCCCUGCAUCAGCAGUCGAACCUGGAGGAACAGCUCCAACUCAGACGGAACUUGUCCACAGCAAUCUCGAUAUGUUCCCCUCAUUCUCCUUCUUCAGGUCUAAAUCAGUUCGUUCAGAGAGUCUCCCCCAGCCUGCUCAAAAGGAAGGCCUGCUUGUCCUCAAGAACAAAGCCCCCAGAUGGCACGAACAGCUCCAGUGCUGGUGCCUCAACUUCAAUGGCCGAGUCACUGUUGCUUCCGUCAAAAACUUCCAGCUCGUAGCAGCUCCUGAGAACGGACCUGCUGGACCUGAGCACGAGAACGUGAUUCUCCAGUUUGGGAAGGUAGGCAAAGAUGUGUUCACUAUGGAUUUCCAGUACCCUAUCUCUGCCUUCCAGGCCUUCACCAUUUGCCUUAGCAGCUUCGACACCAAGAUAGCAUGUGAAUGAACCCCACCCCACCCGCAGCCGCCAGGGUUAUUUAGUUGUUGUAUCAUCAUGUUGAAAGAGAGAGAAAUAUGGCUUUGCUUUGGCCCUCUCAUUGUCUAAGAAGUGUGUGUGUGUGUGUGUACUGUACAUAUUAGUUUCAAAAGCCUUGGCAAAGUCCAUACAAGGAGAGAGAGAGAGAGAGAGAGAGAGAGACUCAAAAACGAUGACAGUAGACUGUGUUUGUUGUUGUUAUUCCGUUGUAUCUUUAGUGAUUGUAGUUCCGGACUAUAUGAUUUCAUCCCUCUGAUAUUUUUAUUCUCAAUGUUUUUUGGUAU